CCAAUUCUCCACUCACAGUGGCAGUUAGUAAAUGCGCUUUUAAAUCCAUGCUGCCAUUUCUCUCUCACACACUACACGCACCACGCUCUCUUUCUUCCAUCACUUUCUCUCUUUCUACAAUCCAAUAAUUCUCCUAUCCAAAAUUCUGUAUUCUACAACUGCCCAGCAUGUAAAGUUGUGUUUUUUAGUAUUAUUUUUGUCCAUUUUCUCUCAGAUCUCCGCCAUUUUCAAGUUUGGUUCCGUUUCAGCUUUCUAUCUCUCUCCAGAAUUCUGCAUUUCUUUUGGUAUUUUUUUUUUGUUUGCUUAAGCAAGCUUAAUUUGAGCUCUGUAUGUUAUUUUGAUGUACAUUUGAGCCAUUGCUGGAGUUUGAGUGCUGGAGUUUUUCUUCGAGUGCUGUUCUGCAAAUUCAGCAUUCUUCAAAGGUGAUGGAAUUUCGAGGCGAUUGAGAAUCUCAGAAUUUCCAAUUUCUACUAAAAAAAGGGCUGCUCCCUGUUUUCAUGAUUCACCAUGAAAAUUGUCUGAACAUGGGAAUUCAGCUUUGAAGAAAAGCAAAAAAGCUCGAAAAAGUUCUUCAUACAAGCAAACACCUACUAUUGGACUUGCCUUUUUGUCUUAACAACUCUUGUCUAAAAGUGAGAUGCUGGAGACAGAAUCGUGUCCUUCCCGGGUUUUGUCGCCUUUCCGUGAGGAAAGUGGUGACGAAGAACUGUCCGUUCUUCCGAGGCAUACAAAGGUUGUUGUGACUGGUAAUAACAGAACAAAGAGUGUUUUGGUUGGUCUACAGGGGGUUGUGAAAAAGGCUGUUGGGCUUGGUGGUUGGCAUUGGCUGGUUUUGAAAAACGGUGUUGAGGUUAAGCUCCAGAGGAAUGCUUUAAGCGUUUUAGAACCUCCUACUGGAAACGAACAAGAUUUCGAUUAUGAUUUUGAUGAUUCAAGCAGUGGGUCUGAUAUUGGUGAGAAAGACCUAAAGGAACAUAAUCCAUUCUCAUCUGGCUUCCACUUCACCAAGAUUAGCAAGCCUAGAGUUAGGUAUAGUAGGCCGUGGUCUCCACCCGUCUCUACAAAGUCAAUUAACCGAACUAGCUGCAGAGAAUUUCAGCUCAAAUGCCGUGCUAGCCAAUCGAGAGUGAAUUUUGCAAAGCUCGGAAGUGAAUCACUUCGGAGAUAUUUGCGAAGCUUUCAACUUGCACAUAUGAAUCCUAACCCGACAAAGGAACAGCUGGUUAAUGCUAUCCAGCAGCAUUUCUCUUUACAGCAGCAAGUGGAUGAGGUACAGGUGAUAGUGGAAUUUAUCCGCACGGCCAAGAGAUUGCAAUCAGCUUGCCCGAAGAGAACAGCGUGAAUUCUUGCAGAAACUCGGAAUUCCACUAAACUUGUAAUAUAAAUAUCUAUGUAUCUAUUUAGUUGCAUACUGAGGGGAGUCUAACUUUAGUUCACUUCUAAUUAACUGCUAAUGUAGAGACCAAGUGUGUGUGCAUGUGCUUCGACUUUAUAUGCUAAUGUCGAACCCCUAACCUCUGUAUCGUGGCACAUUCAACUUAUUAUUAUUAUUAUUAUUAUUA